AUGUCCCUCCAGUCCCUGCGCGCCUCCUCUUCCCGGCUGCCCCGCAGCACCCGCUUGUUCUCUACCUCCUCAACACUUCUCCAAAAAUCUCCCCUCGCAGCUUCAGCCGAAAUUCCCACACCAGCUGCUCUCCUCGAGAAGAUUGGGCGCAAUGCCGAUAAGAAGCUCACGCCGUUUGCCGAGACAUGGGAGUCUUUGAAUCAAGUUUGGGUCAGACCAAAGAAGAUGGCCGAGUCGGGGUUGUCUACGAAAGAAAAGAGAUAUAUCGUAUGCCAACCCCUGUGGGCGUUCUCUCGAUACUCACAAGGGAGCAGUCCAUCGGCAUUUAUCCGCCCGCCCAAGCCAGCCAAGAAGUUUAGAGGAUGGGGUCCCAAGAUACAGCAUGGUGUUCGAGUGGGUGGAGAAGAGUAG